AUGCUCCCCCGUCCCCUCAUAACCUCAACCUUCGGCCUCCAAUACCGCCGCAUCCCCAUCCUAGCAAUCGGACGACACAUCUACUGCGACACCUCGCUCAUCAUCGAAGCCUUGGAGCAUUUCUUCCCAGGGAAGCAGGGUUGGGGUACUGUGUAUCCGGAAGCAAAGGGUUUGGGAGUAGGAGAGUGGAAGUAUAGGGCGAUGGCGAGGGGGUUUGCGGGGUUUUGGACGGAUGUUUUAUACCGCCGUCAGUCUGGUCCUCAGAUUUCGGUAAAGACCGCGCCCAAUUAA